UUAUUACCCAUGGGAGGCGGUACAGCCAAUAGCCAUCGACAAAAGAGGGGACCAACGGCUAACGGGGUCAAAAACCGUCCGGGCAGCGGGGGCAGCCGACGGACACUUCAACGGUCUCAAGCUAGUGCUUAGUGGGAUGCAUGAGCAAAGGUGACACUUUGGAAUUACGCUGUGCCAUCCCUGCGACUGACAGGGACCCCCCAGCUAGAAAAAUAACGAUAACUGAAUCAGUAAGACUGUUAUUGUUCCUUCCUUCAUCGUUGUCUGCGAGUAAUGCAACCGUCAUCAUGGCCGUGUUGGUAAUAUUAGGGAUAGGUUUGGUUGCCUAUUUGGUGUGUCGUAGCAUCUAUCGCCUGUAUUUUCACCCAUUGAGCCACAUCCCCGGCCCCAAGUUGGCUGCGAUCACGCAUGGCUACGAAUUCUACCACAACAUUAUCAGAGGCGGCCUGUUUAUCUGGGAGCUCGAACGACUGCAUGAGGUCUAUGGCCCCAUUAUCCGCAUAAACCCCCGUGAAGUCCACAUCAAGGACUCGGAUUACUACGACGAAAUCUACGCCUCCAGCGCUCGCAGACGCGAAAAGGACCCCGUCCUAGUCGCGCAGUUCGACCUGGAAGGGUCGGGCUUUGCGGCGAUCGACCAGGAGACCCAUCACCAGCGGCGCGCACCCGUGGCGAAGUUCUUCUCCAAGCGCGCGAUCGAGAACCAAGAGCACUUGAUCCGCGACAGUUUGAGCAAGCUCGUGGGCCAUUUCCAGGAGGCCUGUCGUGCGCACACAGUGAUCAGUCUGGACGCGGCGUUCGCGGCGCUCACCUCCGAUGUCAUCCACCAGUAUGCGUACGGCUUCAAUCCCAAUAACCUCGACAAGGAGGGCUUCAAUGCCAGAGUCCGUGAUGGAAUCAAUGGCCUCUUCCAGCUGGCGCAUCUGCUUUACUUCUUUCCCAUCUUGCAGAAACUUAUGAAUGUCAUGCCUCUUCCUCUUUUGCAGCUGUUGAACCCCCCUGCGUUUGCUAUUGCAAGCCAGAAGAAGGAACUCUAUGACCGGGCUGCUGCGGCGCUGGACAAGGCAGAUUCGAAGACUCAGAGCGGGACUUUGAUCGACAUGCUUGCCGCGCCAUCCAUGCCGCAGCAUUUGCGAUCGGCGCAUAGGCUCAUGAAUGAGGGCUUUGCUUUGGUGAUUGGCGGGACCGAGACGACGGCGAGAACGCUUGGUCUUGGGGCGUGGCAUUUGUUCUCUAGGGAGGAUAUCCGGAACAAGCUGCGCGAGGAGCUGAAACAAGUGAUGCCGACGCCGGAGUCUCAGCCGACCUGGAAUGACCUGGAGAAGCUGCCAUACAUGUCCGGAGUAAUCAACGAGUCGUUGCGUCUUUCCACUGGCAUCGCGAAUCGAUCCGCAAGAGUGGCGCCGACCGAAGCACUGGUAUAUAAAGGCUACACGAUCCCGCCUGGAACCCCGGUCAGUGAAAGCAAUUACUUCACCUUGAUGGACCCUGAAAUCUUCCCUGAUCCCCACGCGUUUGACCCAGAACGAUGGAUCCGGGCCGCUGCCAAGGGCCAGCGAUUGGACCGCUAUCUGGUGAACUUUUCCAAGGGAAGCCGGAUGUGCGUGGGCUUGAACUUGGCCUAUGCAGAGCUCUUCCUGGUCAUCGCUACGGUCGUCCGUCGCUUUGAUAUCGAGCUGUAUGAGACCCCGAAGAGCAAUAUUGACUUUGCUCGUGAUUUCGGUACGCCAUACCCGGAUAAGGGCAACUUCAGUGUGCGGGGAUUGGUUACCGGUGUGGUUAGCGAGUAAAUACUUAGUAAUUUGAAUGU